CAAGAAUCAACUUUGGGGAAGCAAAGGGGUCUCGGCUCUCAGUGCCAAGGGUGCAUCUGCUAGCUCAACUACAGUUACAUUUAGAUACAACUUAGUCUUACGGCACCUGGAAACUAUAUUUUACGUUUAGGACGUUUGUUGUGUUUUCCGUACACAGGUCUAGUACUCAAAUAGAAUGGUUGUGCUUACCGGCGACAAUAACAACUCUGAUGAACGGGACUUUAAUAUCCUGAUCGAAGAGCCUUCAAGAUCUCUGCCUAACUCGCCAGCCAAGCGGGUGUCGCCCGCCAAGAAGAAGCAGUUUUUCAUCAACCAAGCAAUCCGCAACUCUGACCUCAUCCCCAGAGCUAAGGGCAAGAAAAGCCUAAGGAGACAGGAGAACACUCGUUACCUGGCAAACCUCCUGGAGCGAGAUGAGUGUGUUAAAGAGGAGGGCGAGGUGUGUGAGACGGCCACCCCCACUGUCUUCACGGAGGCCUGCAGCAACGGGAACUAUGUGGAGUGCUGGAGUGACUUCAUGAACCGCUCUGGUGAGGAGCAGGAGAAGUUUCUGGCUCUGCUGGAGGAGGAAGCCAAGCGGAGCAGCUGCGGCAACACGAGCAAGGACCAGAGAGACGUCAAUCCUGCCUUCAGUGCUCAGGACUGCUUCCAGAGGAUCGACCGCAGGCUGCGUGUCUGUCUGAAGCGCAAGAAUAUUCCAAUGGGCACCCUGGAGGUGAUGGAGGAAGAUCUCUUGGCCUUCUUCAGGGCCCAACCACAAUCUGUUUACAGUACCAGUCUGCAGAGCAGCUAUGAGAGGCUGUUGCUGCAUGCUGUCUGCCAGUACAUGGACCUCGUCUCCCAAAGUUCUGACCGCAACGGGUCUCGUCAGACCGAGGUGAAGAACAACCAAGAGGAGUUCCUGCCCCCCCACCCUCUCCUCUCCGUUUACCUGGGACAGAUGAGCUGAGACACGGAGAAUACACAGGAAGAGAGAGAAAGGAAAGAGAGAGAGUGUGUGCAUGGGCUGAAUGAGUCAUUUACCACCCUGAACACCAGAGGGAGUUAUGCUAAGAAGCUGGUUCAGGAGUAAACCAGGUGAAGUUCAGACGAUAAGCAUCUAAUAGAAGAGCCCGGAGUCCUCAUGAGGUCGAGUUAAGAGGUAAACCAGGUUAAGUUAAGAGGUAUAUUCUAAUAGUAGAGCACAGAGUCCUCAUGAGGACUCCAGGCUCUUCUAUUAGAUGAUUUACCUCUUAACUUAACCUGGUUUACUCCUGAACCAGCUUCUCGGCAUAGGCGCCAGUAGACAGACAGGACGCAGCUUUAUUGUACGGCACUUGGCCUGUAGGUAGUAGUGUUCCACCAAUACUGAAGUCAGCUAUUGGUAUCUUUUUAGAUAGAUUCAGCAGUGUAUUUCACAUUAUUUUCCCAUCACGCAUAGCAUUCAAGGAAACCCUGCUGCUGGUGUCAGUAGGUCAGGCUGUGUCAGUAGGUCAGUAGAUGUGUGAACAUGUUUGUUAGUGGUGGCUGAAUAUUUAGAGGAUUUUUUAGGGCAGCUUUGAGGAAAACAUAAGAAAAAGACAAAGGAAAAUCAUCACAGCUUGGUUUCAGUGUAUCACGUGAUCGAUCACACGUCUGUCUUAGAUGUUUGUUAUAAUCUCUCUCACACACCUAAUUGUCCACUCUGUUUUCACACACACACAAAUUCCCCUGUGCAUGGUCCGAUUUGAAACUAAUUUCAGAGAUCUUUCUGAAAAAGUCAGAUGCUAACGAAAUCAUCAGCAGAUGAUCACAUGGUAGAAUUGACUUGAAUCUGAAAAACAGAUGUAAACAACAUGUGCUUAGUUUAUUAUGAUCAGCAUGGGGUCCACUGCAAGAGCAGCCCUUUAGUGCAUAGUAGACAGAGCCAGUGCAUAAGCCAUGUUCAUCAUAUCACAUCAUCAAUAUCAUCAUCAUUAUUAUUACCACCACCAUCAUUAUCAUCAGUAUCAUCAUCAUCAGCAUCAUCAUCAUCAUCAUCAUCAUCAUCAUCAUCUCAACAGCACAACACACCAGGCGUGUGAAAUGCUUCUGAUGGCAUAGACAGAAAUCACUUCCCCAAAGACCAUAUGUUAUGUCAUUAAUGUUGGUACUAGUGAUGGAAAGGUCCUAUGCAUUCUGAUGCACCGCAUACCACUUGAAGUGCCAGUCAGGGUCUAAUUAACGUGAAACAACUGUGCUGAACAGGUACAUGGUAUCAUUUGCAUAAGGCCAGUAUGAAAGACUUGAUUGAAUCUGUUACAUAUUUUUCCACUCUUGAACCAGAAAAAAACGUUUUAAAUCAAUUUGAUUAACAAAUUGAACUGCUUCGUGUAUUAAUCUGAUAAUAAUAAUUUUGGAAUAAGGUGAUUUUAGGCUUUCCGAUAAAAUGGCUUUCUUAUGUCUAUAUAAAACUUGAUCUUGUCUAUAUACAUACAUUUUUAUCCUGUUGUUUCAGGAUGAUUGUACGCAUGUGAUUUACUGAUGUCAUUUGUGUCAAGUCCACAAUAUCCGAUUAUCAAGGUAGAUGUCUAGUAGAGCUGAAGGUGUAGCGUGCUAUCAAACACUUGGUGAUAUUUCCAGAAAGGUGGAAAUGGAUGAUGUGAGUGUAAGAUUGUUUGUUUGUUUUUGCCUGGUGCUCUACUAACCAUACCCAACACAGCCUUUAGUUUUAUACUCACUGCAUUUCCAUUUGGUAUGGCCAAGUCCCAGUUAACCAUGAUACCAACAACCUCAAAUUCAAUUUCGAUACCUGCCACAAAAGUAUGCUAAGAUGGCAAAAAGAAAGCAUUCACAAGACUGAUAUAUGCCCAGUUUCAGAUACAGUAGAAAAAAGUGAAGUCUUGCUAACAAUUGCAUAGCGCAUCAACGUUCAACAGGAAAGGUGGAAAUGUGGAAGAACAAGGGGUUUGAACCUCUAUAUUUCUCAUUCUGGUCUCUCAUCAUCUCAUUGUCACCUCUCAUCUCAUUGUUUCCUAGCUCAGAUCUAUACAUUGAGGUGUAAUAUUUUCGACUGUCUCUGAAACAUUCAGUCAUUCACCACGUACUGCACUAUAGUACACUCACCAGCCACUACAAUAGGAACACCUGUUACAACUGUUCAUUGAGGCAAAUUUCUGAUCAGCCAAUCACAUGGUGGCAACUCAAUGCAUUUGUGCAUGUAGACAUAGUCGAGAUGAUCUUAUGCAGUUCAAACCGGGCAUCAUAAUGGGGAAGAAAGGCUAUUUAAAUGUCAACAGCAUGAAAACCCUGUCCUUACAUCAACAUUUCAGGCUGGAGAUAUAAUGGCAUAAGAAUAUUUUCUUAACACAAUUGGGGCCAAUUAGUACCAAUUUAUCUUUGUUGGAAUGCCACAGCCUACCCGAGUAUUGUUGCAGACAGCUCGGGCAGGUCUGAAGGCAAAACGGGUCCAACCCAGCAGUAGAGAGGUAUUCCUAAUGAAGUGGCCGGUGAGUAUAGGUAUAGGUUACUUUGUUUCGUAGUGCACUGUAGCUGUAUAGUCCACCAAGCAGCAAUCGAGUGACCAUACAUCACAUUCAGCAUUCGUGUGUUCGCUUUUUCACACUUGUCUCCUACAAGGUCUUACACAUUGAGGUUUCUUUUUUUUUGUUCAUCCAAACACAAGUUUUUGUUAAUUUGGUUGUGGUGCCUCUGACGUUAGCUGUGUAACAAACCCCAGCGCAUUACCAGUACCACUGCCAGUGCCAAAAAGCAUCUCGAAUAUAGCACUAGAUGAACAGAGGUCUCAAUCAUAAUGGCUUCAGAAAGACAAAAAAAAAAACCUGUCACCAUUUUUAAAGUUCUGAUGUAGGUGACUUCACAGAGUACUUGUCUUGAGGGCCCAGUAUCGUUAGUCGAUUAAGUACUGGUUUGAUUUAAUCUUUGACAGAAUUUGUAUUCCGAAGCUUUGAUUGACACCUACAGCUGUGUUUACGUUCAGAAAUGGCAUAGCAUCCUACUGAAAGUGCUGGAAUGCGCAUUUCCUCAGCGUGCAGUGCAGUCGUGUGGAUAGUUGUGGAUCUGUUUUUCCUUCAAGGCCCUGCAUGAGGAACACUGAUAGGUUGUUGAUUUUUAUUGGUCAUUCUAAAUGGACAGAUGAGGGUGUGUAUUGUUAAACGUGCCUCCACUCGCUUUUCAUUAGAAUGUAUGGAAUUGGGGCUGGACCAGGGGGGAGAAUUGGGGCCCUGCACUUUUUGCUUUAAGGGUCCCCUCAUAAUUAGUGGCACAGAACUGACUCACCAAUGAGCCCCAUUUUCAGAAAUGUUAACAAAAAAAAUAUAUAAUAGAAAACAAAAAUAGGAAAACAUUUCUGAAAAUAGGGUCCCACAAGGGUGUGGGGCCCAUUGGGAAAUGCCGUUAUGCCAGAUGGCCUGUCCAGCCCUGUAUGGAACUGAUAGUCAUAUAGCCGUCAGGUUUACGUCAGCUCAGAGGAGAACACUUAUCAUCAUCUCUCGGUACUUGAAGUCCCAAGCCACGGACAAGACUUCCCUCUCCUUUGAGCUGCUUAGAGGUGCUGUCGUGUUGUGUUGUGUUGUGUGUCGAGUGCAGAGGCUAUAGCACCUCUGCCAUGAGUGUGUGUGUAUGCUGCCAAAGUGGUUGUGGUUUUACUUCUGUGUGUGCUUUUACAUCUAUCUGUGUGUAUGUUUAAACAUUUCUACGCCGAAGCCUAUACAACCAGCAUCAUCAGCUCUGCACUACAUCAUUUCAAGAGACUGUUUUUUUUAUUUUAUUAUUAUUUUAAAUUAUUAUUAUUAUUGUUUUGAAUCGUAUCAUCAACCAAAGUCUCCAGCAUGUGUGAUCUUAGUCUUUCAGGCGUCAGUAUACCCUGAUGAAUGUCACCUGUGGUGUGUGAUGUAUGUAUGUGUUUUUACAAGCUUUUCUGGAUGGACAUAUACAUUGUAUACUGUAGAAUGGACAGACACCAAUACUUAACUUGCCCCCAAAAUAUUGCCCCUCCUCUCUUUACAAUAUGUGCUGAUCAGGCAUAUGCUAUUUAAUAUGUUAACUAGACAAAAACUCUUUAUAAAUCACAUCUCUCUUUGUUAAAAAAAAGACUUCUGUACACGUGCCAAUAGAGAAUGAGCAGUUACACUUUGUAUAAUUACUACUAUAAGCUUUAAGCUGUCUCUGUGUGUGUGUGAUUGUUUUAAUAUAUGAGAUGCUUAUUUGUGACCUCAGUGUGUAUUUAUAUUGUUGAAUGAUAAUGGGUGUGGGUGUAAUUUAAAAAAAAUUAAAAAGCUUACAUGUUAAGCAAUCACACAACAUAUUACAAUGAAAUCGUCUUGACAGGAUGAAAGCCAUGUACUCACCACUAUCCUCAUUAAAAUCUGGAAAUGGC